AAUUGGAGUACAAUUUAGUCACCUGCAUUUGUUUGAACUUGGAAUAUGUAUAACACCUGGUAUACUAUUGAACAGGAGGGCCAAAAGGAGAUAGGUUUCUUAGAAAACAUGUCAGAAAACGCUCAAAUAGCAUAAAUAAACCAUGUCUAAGAUAGCGUUGGUUUUGGGUGGAGCCGGUAACAUCGGAAGUGCUUCCACGAAGGCCUUCCUUGAAAGUGGUGGCUACAAGACUGUUGUGAUUACAUCUCGGAGUCAAGAAAAAAUUGACAAAGUUAAAGAAGCAAUCAAGGCUAGUCUGGGACAGGAUUCCUCUGCAAAAGUCUUGGGCGUGGUUGGAAACGUAGCAAAUGAAAAAGCAUCAGCAGAACUCCUAGAUAAAGUUAAGUCUGCUGUAGGUGAUAAGGUUGACGUUAUAAUAUCAGUGAUGGGAUUCCCGUAUCACAAUUUCGGACCACUGCUACAUGUUAAUGCGGAACAGAUAAAUGACGUAUUUGGCUCUCAAUUUUUUCCCGCAUUUGGUGGAUACAAGACAUUUUUCCCGCUCGUGAAAAAUAGUUCGUCUGGGGCAUACGUGUCCGUUACAGGGGGAGGACCGGAUAUGUAUUUAGGACCAGGAACAGCCGGUAUGACACUGGGUGGGUCGCUCAGCACCGCUUUGGCGAAAGUCAUAAUGAAAGAACAAGCACAAGACGGUGUUUGUAUAAGUGAGGUUUCAUUUUCUUGCGGCGUCUGUCCUGAUCCAUCUGUGAUGCCUCCUGGAUACAAUUGGAUUCCAAGUGUCGACGCCGGAAAGGCGCUUGUCAGUGUGGCGACUAAAAAAGUUGCUGGCGGACAGACGAUAACAAUUCGAACGGCGGAUGACUUGUCACAUGUUAUCGCUAAUGGUGCGUUGAAGCAAACAAAUGGCGUGGCAUAAUAUAGCACCUGGAAGACUGUAUUUUGUUUUUGAUAAUGUCUCACAUGGCUACAAAAUUGAACAAUUGUACGUGGAUUGUCAUCUGGAUUUAGAUCUGUAUUUUAUUUUAUAUUUGCAUUUUAGGAAUUAUUCAAAACAUAUAUAUGUUAUAACUCAAUAGAGGGAGAUAUUCAAUGAUUGUCUAGAAAGACACCUUGCCUAUAGUUACUGCACUUGAAAAUAUAGAUACUACACCCGAUGUCGGUAAUUAGAGUGUCAUUAUUUGAGUGUUUAACAAAAUAUCUUCACAUUUACUUUUCCUAGUCUAAUCAUUCAAUCUUGCUGUCCGUGAUAUUAACAGGUUUACGAAACACUAUGUUAUAAACCAAGGACCUCAGAAACUUGCUUUUAGAUUGAUUAUACAUUUGAUUUAAGUGUGCGAUUUUAAUAUUUUUCGUCGAGAAGAAGCACGGUGCUAUUUUCUAGUUAUUUUUUUUACUUACUACCUGUACACUUUCUUUCAAACGUACGCUAUUCAUUUGUCAAUGGCACGCUCGAAAAGUGUUUAUCAAUCGUAUUUGUCAUAAAAAAAAUAACUAAAAACAAAUAUGGUAAGGAAUGCUUCUAAUUGGGGUGAAUUUGAACCAAAUGGAUGUGGUAAACCGAGCAUAUAACUAUGCUGAGAUUGCCAAUCAUAAUUGAAUAAACCAUUUUGGACAAGCGUUAUUCAUGAAUUAUGUGCAGCAAAUUUGUUGGUUCAAUGCAGUAUAUAAUAUUUUAGAAGUGUGAUAGCUCAAGUUUCUCCGAUGAGGGGCACAUUAUCAGUUUACGCAUAGUAUGAUGCAAUAAACCACAUUUUUAGUCAAACAUCAGUUUUUCCAACGAAUAUUUAACUAAAUUUUGCAUUUUUGUAUUUAACUGUUUUGUGAAAUUGAAUUAAUUUUCAAUAUUUACUGCUAAUCAAAUCUUUAAUAAUAUUUUAGUUUCCCUCGCA